AUUCUAGAUCUAGAUUCUAGAGAUAUACCUUGUAUCUAGAUCUAGAAUUAGAUCUAGAAUUCAAACGUCUGUUGAGCUGAGCCUGAGGAAAGGUUUACCGUCUGGUUCAUUUCGUCAAAGUAAAGUCAAUGAGACAUGACUGAGACUCGAAGUAGUCUAGAUUUCUAGGUGAAGAGAAUGAUGUCUGACGCUGUGCCAGUAGCUGAGACUGGAGAGGACAGUCUGUUGGUGGAAAGGUUAGCCGCUAAAACUGUCUACACAGCUGAACUCCUGGAAAACACAGUGCACAUCGCUGAACAGUUACAGAAAGUUCAAGGGCGAGUAAACCGGUAUGUCCGACAGGCAAGACUCAUCGUUACUUGGAAGAGAAGCUCUGGGCUUUUCACCAUGGUUGGCUCGGCAGCUAAGACAGCAGGUAGCGUCAUGGUUUUGGCUUCGCCGUUACAUCCCAAACUGGCGGUGGCGUUGAAGGCAGGUCACAGGCUGUGGAAGCUAGGCACAGGUCUCAAGGUGCUGACGGCCAUCGGGGGGAUGCUGAGGGAGCUCUGGCACAGCGGCUGUCGUGACACACUGGUGGAGUUCACACGCUGUGUCGCGCUGCUCUCAAGAAAUGUCGGGGUCUUUCAGGAACUGAUUCAGGACCUACAGGGUGCAACAGAGCAGCUCAAUGCCAGUAAUAACAAUAACUUCCAAGCGCCAGAUGCCGUUGUCAAUGUUUUGAGAGAGUUCAUUCCUCCACAGCACAUUGGCUAUGCCACCCAUGUCAUGAACAUUGCAUUUGCCCGUCAACACUAUUCACCAUUGUUUGAUUUACUUGCUUUAUCCAGUGACCCGUCUGAGAAAUCAGAUUUGCUCCAAGUUGUAAGGGAAAUUGAAGGUUUUCGUUUCACAGAAUUUUCACAGGAAAGUGAUGCAAAAGCACUUGUGGCUAUUGGAAGCUUUCUACAUAUCAGCCGGGAGCUUUUGGAUUUUCUUGACGGUUUCAAUAAGGUUACAGAUAAAGACUGCCAGUUUCUUCAUAACUGCCUCAACAAAUUUUCUGAGGAAUCUGCGGGCAUAAUGAAAGUUGUCUCUCUGCUCACUGGCUUGCACAGGAUGAAGCAUAAGCUUGAAUCUCCCACUCCCAGCAGUGACACGGCAGUUAAGAAGAUGACAGACCCAGGUAUGCUGACACAAGCUUCUGACAUGCCUUUAACGCAAAGGGAAAACGAUGAGCAGCCUAUGGACACAGGAGUUAUGGACACUUCAGAAAGAAAUAGUAAUAAUAUGGUGGAUGUUGCUGAGCCCUGUGAAAAGUCAAAUGAAGUGGGGUCGUCUAUCAAAUUAUCUGAGGCCGGCCAGGAUGUUGUGGGAAUGGAGCUGACCAGUGACAAAGGGACAGAGGUUAAUGCCUCAAGUCGUUCAGACCUGAUCGCAAGAACCAUCAGAAGAGCUGAAAUUGUGGCAAACUCCAAAGACUUCAUUCUAAAGACAUUUUCAACAAUGACUGUGGCUAUGGAGAAAGGAACUUCGUAUAUUUCAUCUUCUAUGAUGAUACGGAAAAGAAAGAAAGAAUCUUUAGACACUGAUGGGUCCCAGUUCAUGGAAGGGAAGGAAUCGUCUAACCAAAUCUGAGAAUUUUGAGUUACUUCAAUUUUUUUUAAAUCGAUAAUUAAUACAAAAAUAUUUUGAAAUGUCAGGGGGGGGUUUUCUUCUGUAUGUUCAUUAUUCUACUUCAAGGAUUAGGUUGUAAAAGAAUUUCUUACUCUGUUUAGCUUAUUAUAGUAUAGUAAGUGGACAAAAAACAUUGGAGUAACCGGUACUCGUUUUUCUUUUACAAGGAUGAUUUGUUCUUUUGUUUUUACUUAUUUAGAUUAAAAUCACAUAGAUGUGGUUAUGUUUAUUUCAAGCCUGAUAUAAUGGAUUUUUACUUUCUCCAUUCAUUCCUUCAUUUUAAUAUGAGCAUAUUUUGUACCAAAAGAAAAUGUUAAUUGUGUGAAAUUGUUUGGGGUUUUUUUCCCUUUUUUUGCACAUAGUGAUUCCCUGUUGAAAGGUACAAUUCUCAUCUGGUGACCUGUUAUAUUAUGUUUAUUAAUUUUUUAUUUUAAGGAUUAACAGGUUAGGAUCACAUCAUGUAAGCUAUAUUUUUUAAUUUUGAAAAUUUAUACUCAGUAUAAAAAAUCUUGUGUUUAGACUGUCCAAAUCUUUUCAGAUGGAUGUUGUUAUGCGCAUCUCAGGUGCUCUGUGUGAGCCAAUUUAGCCAUAGCAUUGUUCUACUUUUCGAAAAUCAAAACCACUCUGGCUGUAUUGACGUACAGUGCAAUGUUGAGAAAUCAUCACAUUCUUUAUAAUGAAAGGCUGUCUGGAUCUGGAAAUUGUGAUCUUAGCCCCUGUCCUCUGGAUAAUUGUGUCCUUACUAAGCCAUCAGUUUUGGAAUUUUUUGUGUAGAGAACAUAUACUGAACACCAAAAGAAACGCAAGUAAGCAACAAAAGAAACGCAAAUAGAUUUCUGGUGUAGAAAAGGUUAUUUUUAUUGAAAUUGUUUAACAGUUGUGAGAUUUUUUUAGAUGUUUUACUUUCGAAAAUAUGAUUUUCAUUGAACA